AUGCAAAUCACUAAGGAGGAACUUCAAGGUUUCGGUGUGGAAUCUCCUGGUGAGGUCGCGCUGCUGUUGAAGAAAUCGUUGUACGGACUAAAUCAAGCGGGACGACUCUGGAGCAAGCUCUUACACUCCAAGCUGACCGAGAAUGGCUACAAGCAGUGCACGACGGACAUGUGUCUAUACUACAAGCACCAAGGUCAAGAAUGGACCAUCGUCGGAGUAUACGUGGACGAUCUUCUGGUCACGGGAACCAAGCAGUGCGCGGUUGAUGAGUUCUUUGCGGGCAUGGAGACACUGUCGAUCAAGGAUCUCGGCGUCGUUCAGAAGUUUCUGGGACUCAGGAUCUCUUUGGAUGACACUCAAGGAUACAUUCUGGACCAAGAGGUCAUGAUCGACGUGUUGCUCAUGGAUUUCAAGUUGGAGUCAGCGAACGGUGUGCGAACGCCAAUCGGAGAUGAAUGCAAUGAUGAUUACAAGGAUGAUGUGGACUAUCUACCCGCGAGAUGUGCAAGCGGUGAGCCAAGUUUGAGUGCCUUUCAAUCCUUGGUCGGGAGUCUGCUAUGGAUCGCAAGAUGCAUGCGGCCCGACAUAUGUUUUGCAGUGCAUAAGGCAACUCGUCAAACACACAAGCCAACCACCAAGGACUGGAAGAUUGCGAAACGCAUUGCAAGAUACUUGAAGGCGACAAAGAACUUGAGGUUGCACCUGAACGGCAACGGACCGACUCAACAAAAUGUCAAGAUUGAGUGCUGGAGCGAUGCAGACUUCGCCGCGGACAAGGCGGACCGUAAGUCAGUGUCUGGAUACGUACUAACUUUGGACGGUUCUGUUGUUUUAUGGUCGUGCAAGAAGCAGUCAGGUGUGUCGCUGAGCACUAUGGAGGCGGAGUUCAUAUCCUCAUCCCAGGCAGGACGCGAACUGCUGGGUGUGAGGGAACUACUGCUAGAGCUAAAGCUGCAGGUAUGCAUGCCGAUGCCUAUGUAG